AUGGCGGGGCGCAGCGACAUGGAUCCGCCCACCGCGUUCUCGGGCUUCCCGGCCCUGCCAGCGGUCGCGCCGUCGGGGCUGCCGCCGUCGCCCCUCGCAGGAGCCGAGCCAGGGCGGGAGCCCGAGGAGGCGGCGGCGGCUGGCCGCGGGGAGGCGGCCCCCACGCCCGCGCCCGGCCCGGGGCGGCGGCGGCGGCGGCCCCUGCAGCGCGGGAAGCCGCCCUACUCGUACAUCGCUCUCAUCGCCAUGGCCCUGGCGCACGCCCCGGGCCGCCGCCUCACGCUGGCCGCCAUCUACCGCUUCAUCACCGAGCGCUUUGCCUUCUACCGUGACAGCCCGCGCAAGUGGCAGAACAGCAUCCGCCACAACCUCACGCUCAACGACUGCUUCGUCAAGGUGCCCCGCGAGCCGGGCAAUCCGGGCAAGGGCAACUACUGGACGCUGGACCCCGCGGCCGCCGACAUGUUCGACAACGGCAGUUUCCUGCGGCGCCGCAAGCGCUUCAAGCGAGCGGAGCUGCCAGCUCACGCGGCCGCGCCGCCGGGGCCGCCGCUCCCCUUCCCCUACGCGCCCUACGCGCCCGCGCCCGGCCCAGCGCUGCUGGCGCCCCCGCCCCCUGCCGGCCCGGGCCCUGCGCCGCCCGCGCGCCUGUUCAGCGUCGACAGCCUGGUGAGCCUGCAGCCGGAGCUGGCGGGGCUGGGCGCCCCGGAGCCGCCCUGCUGCGCCGCGCCCGACGCCGCCGCCGCCUUCCCGCCCUGCGCGACCGCCGCCUCCCCGCCACUCUACUCGCAGGCCCCAGACCGCCUGGUGCUGCCCGCGACGCGCCCCGGCCCUGGCCCGCUGCCCGCUGAGCCCCUCCUGGCCUUGGCCGGGCCGGCAGCCGCGCUGGGCCCGCUCACCCCGGGAGAGGCCUACCUGAGGCAGCCGGGCUUCGCGCAGGGGCUGGAGCGCUACCUGUGAGCCUGCGCCGCACGGGAAGGCACCUGUGCGACCUGUCCCGCCCCAGGCCUGCGGCGCCGCACGCGAGCGCCCCACCUCUGCCCCCACCCUGGCUUGGGGCACACUCAGCGCCUCUCGUCUUGGCCUCCUGGACUCAGACUCCUGCUACACCCUUCUCCGUCCCCCAUCCCUGGGGAGGCUCCCACCAUCUCGCCACCGGACAGAAGCGUCCCCUGUGACCUGCCAG